CAAAGGCCAUUCUGUAACAACAGCCUCGUUGCUGUUAUGAUUCCUCCAGGGAGGUUACGGCCGUGUAGUGCAGCUUUUAUUGAUUUUUAGCUAAUUAAAUUAUUGAAGAGAAAGUUCAGUCCGAACUGGAACCAUCGCCACAAAGGCGCACAAUCUGACGUUUUGUAACGUGGCGGUUUCGGGUUAAAUGAUACGAUUGGAAAUGAUUCCGUUGGUGUUGUGGUUGAUCAGAUAGUUGGAGGUUUUCCACGGGCUGGCCAGUAUAGAAACUUGCCUAAAACAGCGCACCAGAAGGAGACGGGAAAUUCAGCUGUUUUUUUUUUUUUGAAGAAACCAUGGUUUCCAACAUCCGAGUGCGAUUUAAAAUGUGAUGGUUUUUAAAACUGAGUUCGUUUUUUACUACUUGCCUCUCCAGUUGGAUUUACCCCCCGAUUGGAAUACUUCAUCAUUCUUUUUUCUGUGUUGCUAGCUAACUGAGCCUAACUUUGGCAACCUGUAGCUAGAUUGUCCAGUUGGACACGCUCAUGUUGCUAGCUAAUGAUGCAAUUUGCACUUUUGAUUUAGCGAGUCAACGUUGCAUUGUUUUCGCAAAUAAAGGCCGUCGGCCAAACAGAGGAGUUGAUACGCUUUGCUAGUUUUCGGCUCGGUUCACUGAACUGUUUAAGAGCGCUUUCGAAUCGAACAUAUGCAGGAGGGUCAAGUUGGAAAUUGAAAACCGUGGAUUACUGUUCUGUGCAGUUUUGUCUUCACCUUUGAAGUUUGGCACUUUUUUUGAUGUGCUGAGAACAUAGCUAGAGAAGUGUAACGCCUCGUUAGACGUGAGCGGAUGUGCUAGCCUAAAUAUUUUUACUGUAAUUGCAUCAAAAUGUCGGCUAUCUCUGCAUCGGAGAAAGUGGACGGGUUCACGCGAAAAUCCGUGAGAAAGGCCCAGAGACAGAGAAGGUCGCAAGGAUCGUCCCAGUUUCGGACUCAAAGCUCCCUGGUCGAGCUUUCGCCCCUGCCUCAGCUGAAAGACACCCCCUCGGGGGAGCAGCAGGAGCUCUUCACCCAGAAGCUGCAGCAGUGCUGUACGCUCUUCGACUUCGAUGACUCCGUGAUCGACCUGAAGAGCAAGGAGGUGAAGCGAGCCACUCUGAACGAGCUGGUGGACUACGUGUCCACCAACCGCGGCGUGCUGGUGGAGGCCGCCUACCCCGACAUCGCCAACAUGAUUAUCACCAAUAUUUUCCGGACCCUUCCUCCCAGUGAUAACCCCGACUUCGACCCAGAGGAGGACGAGCCCACGCUGGAGGUGUCCUGGCCUCAUAUUCAGCUCGUGUACGAGUUCUUUCUGCGGUUCCUCGAGAAUCCAGACUUCCAGCCCAGCAUCGCCAAGCGCCACAUCGACCAGAAGUUUGUGCUGCAGCUCCUGGAGCUGUUUGACAGCGAGGACCCGCGGGAGAGGGACUUCCUGAAGACCAUCCUGCACCGCAUCUACGGAAAGUUCCUGGGCCUGCGAGCCUUCAUCAGGAAGCAGAUCAACAACAUCUUCUUACGGUUCAUCUAUGAGACGGACCACUUCAACGGAGUCGCUGAGCUGCUGGAGAUUCUGGGGAGCAUCAUUAAUGGCUUUGCCCUGCCGCUGAAGGCUGAGCACAAGCAGUUUCUGAUGAAGGUGCUGAUCCCCAUGCACACAGCCAAAGGACUGGCACUGUUCCACGCGCAGUUGGCCUACUGUGUCGUCCAGUUCCUGGAGAAGGACCCCACGCUGACUGAGCCGGUGAUUCGGGGCCUUUUGAAGUUCUGGCCUAAAACCUGCAGUCAGAAAGAGGUCAUGUUCCUGGGUGAAAUCGAGGAGAUCCUGGACGUUAUUGAGCCCACCCAGUUUAAAAAGAUCCAGGAGCCUCUUUUUAAGCAGAUCUCCAAGUGCGUGGCCAAUCCUCACUUUCAGGUGGCUGAGAGAGCUCUGUACUUCUGGAACAACGAGUACAUCCUGAGUCUGAUCGAGGAAAACAUCGACAAGGUGCUGCCCAUCAUGUUCGGCAGCCUGUACCGAAUCUCCAAAGAGCACUGGAACCAGACCAUCAUAGCGCUGGUGUACAACGUGCUGAAGACUCUGAUGGAAAUCAACAGCACUCUGUUUGAUGAGCUGACCGCUUCUUACAAAGCGGAGAGACAACGGGAGAAGAAGAAGGAGCAGGAGAGGGAGGAGUUGUGGAAGAAACUGGAGGAGGUGAAGCUCCAGCAGGUGCCCAACAUGCAGAAUAACAGCCACAGCCUGCAGAACGCCCAUAGCAACAACAACAAUAACAACAGCAGCAUCAGCACCACGGUCGCCGCCGACAACGGCAACAGCAACAGCGACAGCAUCCCAUCCGCCGUCGCCGAGGAGAGCCCCACGUGUGCCAAAUAACCCAGGACCCCUUUUUCUCUUUUGCUUAGUAAAGGCUGAGAACUGUCAGGAAGUCAGGGAGGAGGGUAAAAAUAAUAAAAAUAAGAAAUGUAAAACCUCAUAAAUAUGUUAAAAGAGAAAAAUAUAUAAGAAAUAUUAUAUGCCAGCUAUUUUCACUUGGCAGAAAAAAUGAAAUAAAUGAAAUAUAAAAGUAUAUAUUUCAACUUUUAAGAAUAUUUUUGGAUGUUCCAGUGUGACCACAGUAUGUUGAUAACAGUUUUUUUUUUCCGUCUAAUCAAAGAUUUGUUCUGUCACUGUUAGUUACUUCACUGACUAUUAAAUAAACUUUUUUGUGGUAUGAAAUGUAUGUUGGAAAUGGGGAGGAUGGAGAGAGCAGUCGUGACUUGAAGAACACUUUCCUGAUUGUGCUGCACAUAGAGAGCAUAGGUGGCUGUUACUGGCUGUUCUGUGUGCUUUUCCUACUGCUGCCAAUGGGGGGGAGAGGGGCUUUCUGUGGGGGGGGGGGGGGGUAGUAAAUGAGUUUCUGUACGGAACCAGAGUGAAUCCCACCCUGUCGUUUCCUGUAUUGGGGGUGUCUAAUAAUGUUUCACAUUUAAUAUUUUUACUUUUCUCUGAUGAUGAAAAGGUUGUUUGCUACUGUAAUAUAUACAAAACGUACAGCCAUAAAACCUAUUUAAAGUAUUAAUACGAAAAAUUAGAAAAAAAUUAAUGAAUCAAAGAUGGGCACAGAUUUAUGUUCUUAUUAAGUAUUUUUCCAAAAAAAAAACUGUGGAAAAAGUUGGACUAAAUAAAAGCAGUUGUAAAGAUUGAAA